AUGGCAGUUAUCGACCGAUUGCGGAUUUCCGACCGAGGUGAGAUCGAAUCUCCUAUCUCGGUGGCAAUCCCCGCCACGGAUCUCUUUUCUUACAUCACUUCUGCGGGCACCGCGAUCUCGCGGAAAUCGCCGCAAUACUUCGAUGCUACAGCGCCGGACGUCAGCUAUACCCUCGAAGAUGCUGAGCUCAUGGUCAAGCAAUUCGGCUGUGGUCUGCAAAAGACUAUGCGGCUCCGAAAGCAAGAUAAGGUCCUCCUGUACUCGGGAAAUGACUUGCUGUUCCCCAUUGUGGUCUGGGGAGUGACCGCUGCCGGCGGCGUGUUUACCGGAGCUUCGCCCUCGGCCACCGUGCAUGAGCUUGAAUACCAACUACGUGACUCCGAGGCCACCACCGUCAUAACGAGCCUUGAGGGAUCAAAGGUCGCUAUUGAAGCAGCACGGAAGGCCCGUCUUCCUCUGGACAGAGUUCUCCUGCUGGUCGCCCCAAACGUCCCAGACGCCUCGCGGACCGACCAAGGACGGCCCAGCCCUAUCCGGCGAUGGACGGAUAUCUGGAGCUCGAGCGAAGAAGCGAGAUUGUGGACACGGGAUCGUAUCUCCUCCGUGGAGGAGGCGAUGACGACGACGGCGGUGAUCAACUAUUCGAGUGGGACUACCGGACUACCCAAGGGCGUAGAACUCACCCACUACAAUAUCAUCGCCAACGCCGAGCAGAUCAUAGCGAAGCGCCUCCUGGUAGAGGGCACCACGGCGGGCCGCGCGCGACGAGACAGACUCGAUACUUCAGGUGAACGAUGGCUCGCGGCCGUACCGAUGUAUCAUGCCUUUGGACAAUCCUAUUUCUGUGUAAUUGCUCCUCGUCUCGGUGCCAAGGUCUUUAUCAUGCCCAAAUUCGACUUGCGUCAGUACCUCACCUUUGUGGAUAUUUACCGCAUUACAUUUAUCAAUGUCGUACCAGCCAUGCUGGCCAUGCUCUGCAAGGUGGAGCACCCCAGUCGCUUUAAUUUCAAGUGCAUUGAAUCCAUGACCAGUGGCGCUGCUCGCUUGGAUCCAGCUACCGCACAACGAUUCCAACAACUGUACCUGCACAACGGGGUGCUGGUCAAACAAGGGUGGGGGAUGACGGAGACUACCUCCAACCUGACCGGCUUCGCCCUGGAUGACCAGGACGAUGGGCGAUCCAUCGGCUGGCUGAGCCCUAAUUGUAAGGCAAGGAUUGUGCCGGUGGAAAAGCGUCAAUUCGAUGGAGGUGUGGUUGCCGAGGGAAGGACGCUGGGCGAGCUCUGGGUGGCGGGCCCCAACGUCAUGAAAGGGUACUGGAAGCGUGAAGCUGAGACGAAAGAUGCCUUUGUCAUUGAGGGAGGGCAGCGGUGGUUGCGCACGGGUGAUAUUGCGUAUGUGGAUGAUCGGGGGUGCUUCUAUAUCGUGGAUCGAAUGAAGGAACUCAUUAAAGUGAACGGGUUUCAGGUCUCUCCGGCAGAGCUGGAGAACGGUUUGAUGGCCCAUGAAGGAGUCGUGGACGCGGCUGUCGUGGCCUACAAAGAACAAGACAGAGAGUUUCCCAGAGCAUUUGUGGUUCGCCAAAGUCCCGCUGUGACGGUGGAGAAGCUCCAUGCCUGGACCCGAGAACGAUUUGCCCGGUAUAAGUGGUUUACAGGGGGCAUCUUCUUCGUCGACGGAAUUCCGAGAACGGCCAGUGGCAAGAUUGUUCGACGAGAAUUGCCCAAUCCCAAGGUUCCCAAGCUCUAG